AUGCCAUCUAGCGGUCUGCUAGUUAAGUAAGCAAAUUGUGGCAGACUAUUUUGAUUUUGAUGUAUUGUGUACGCAUAGUUUGCCUUCUUAGUUUUUACCGGAAUACCUUAAUUUGUCUCCAAAAUGUCGUUGGCUGACGAAUUACUUGCGGAUUUGGAAAUGGAUGAUGAGGACACUCACAUGGAUGUAGGGAUGCAGCUUCCUGAACCUUCAGUUGAAGUAAAAACGGAAAUCAAGCAAGAAUUCUUUGUACCACCGGUUGCAAAGUUGACUCUUGAUGAUGUUUGUAAACUGAGAAAUUCACCCCAGCUUGUCAGCAUCCUGGAAGAAAUAGAGAAAUACUGUGGGCAGAAUCGCACGUCUGAGAAUAUUCAGGGUCCUGUAGAAGCAGAUCCAGAAUAUCAACUUAUUGUUGAAGCAAAUAAUUUGGCUGUUGAGAUUGACAAUGAUGUCAAUGCCAUACACAAGUUUGUCAGGGACUUGUAUGCCAAAAGAUUUUCAGAGUUGGAGUCAUUGGUGGUGAAUCCAUUGGAAUACAUUACAACUGUUAAGGAACUUGGAAAUGAAAUCAGCCAAGCUAAGCAUAGUACAGUAUUGCAACAGAAUCUUACCCAGGCAACCAUCAUGGUGCUCUCUGUGACAGCCUCCACCACACAAGGGAAACCUCUAGAUGGUGCGGAACUGAGUAGGGUCAUGGAAGCUUGCGACACUGCUUUGGAACUAGAUAAAUGCAAAACCAGAAUCUAUUCCUACGUGGAGAGUCGCAUGACGUUCAUAGCACCAAACUUGUCAAUUCUAGUUGGCGCACCCAUUGCUGCCAAGUUGAUGGGUGUAGCUGGUGGAUUAACGGCCCUUUCCAAAAUGCCAGCCUGUAACAUCCAAUUACUCGGUAAUCAAAAGCGUACCUUAUCUGGAUUUUCUCAGACAGCCACUUUGCCCCACACGGGUUUUAUCUUUGAAUCGCCAAUCGUGCAAGAUACACCUCCAGAUCUUAGACGCAAAGCAGCACGUUUGGUUUCCUCGAAAUGUACUCUAGCAGCUAGAGUGGAUGCGUUCCACGAGAGUUGCGACGGGACUAUUGGGCGCAACUUUCGCGAGGAUGUCGAACGUAGAUUGGACCGACUCCAAGAGCCACCGCCUGUGAAGGCUAUUAAACCAUUGGCGGCCCCGUUGGAAGCCCCUCGGAAAAAACGUGGUGGCAAGCGUGUUCGCCGUAUGAAGGAGAAGUACGCCCAGACUGAAAUGCGUAAACAAGCAAAUCGCAUGACGUUCGGAGAAAUUGAAGAAGACGCAUACCAAGAAGAUUUGGGCUACACCCGAGGCAUGAUGGGUAAAGGUGGACCGGGUCGCAUACGAGGACCGACCAUUGAUGAGAAGACGAAAGUGCGCAUUUCGAAAGCCCUGCAAAGAAAUCUACAGCGUCAGCAAGCGUAUGGAGGGGCUACUACCGUCAAACGCCAAGUGGCCGGUACGGCUUCCUCUGUGGCUUUUACUCCGCUCCAGGGGCUUGAAAUCGUUAAUCCGCAAGCAGCUGAAAAGAAAGUUAGUGAGGCCAACAUUCGGUACUUUUCAAACCAGGGUACCUUCUUCAACGUCAAAGACGUCAGCUCAACGCCGUUACCUGGUGGCAGUUCGACUAAGUAGAACGAAUCGCGAGUAGUUGUGAUGUCGUAUUUUCUAUUCUGUCGCCAUGCCUGUUGACUCUUCGGGAUGAGGUGUAUGUACAAUAAGCCGGCUCCGUUAUUUCGUCUUUUUCAUGCACACGAUUUUUUUCAUUUUAUUUUGCUCAUUGCACUUGAAAGAUUUUUCAUACACCAUGAUGCUUCCUAGUA